AUGCAAGAAUAUGAUGUGGGGAAAUCUGCUCAGAAGAACAAAACAUCUGAAGAACGCGGAAGAAGAUUAGAAAAUGAUCGUGUCUCAACCAGAAAUGCAAGGACCCGAGAAACAUCUGAAGAACGCGGAAGAAGAUUAGAAAAUAAUCGUGUCUCAACCAGAAAUGCAAGGACCCAAGAAACAUCUGAAGAACGCGGAAGAAGAUUAGAAAAUGAUCGUGUCUCAACCAGAAAUGCAAGGACCCGAGAAACAUCUGAAGAACGCGGAAGAAGAUUAGAAAAUAAUCGUGUCUCAACCAGAAAUGCAAGGACCCGAGAAACAUCCCAGGAACGUCGAAGAAGGCUAGAAGAAAAUCGUGCUUCAACAUCCCAAGCUCGAUUGCAUUUGUGGCAAGACAAGGAAAACUCUGCAUUUAUGUACAACCCAUCUUUAUGUUAUGCAUCAGAUCCAUUGAUAGAAAUUGGCGGAAUGGCAACAGAAUGCAUUUCUUGCCAGGCAUUAAAAUGGAAAGGUGAAACACCAAGUAUGUGUUGUAGCAAUGGAAAAAUUAAGCUAUGUGAACUUCAAACACCUCCUGAACCUCUACUGGCAUUGUUAACAGAUUCUUCAAUUGAAACAGUACAUUUUCAGAGUAACAUCAGAAGAUACAAUUCAUGCUUUCAGAUGACAUCAUUUGGAUCUGGGAGUGAAAUUCGGGAACAAGGCUUUAUGCCUACUUUCAAAGUUCAGGGACAAGUGUACCACAGAAUAGGAAGCCUACAACCACAAAUAAAUGAUAAGCCAAAUUUUCUUCAAUUAUACUUUGUAGGUGAUCAGGAAAAGCAAUCCGAACAACGUUGCAGGAAUGUUUUGAAAGCAAAACAAGCAUUAGUUUCAAGUUUGCAAGAAAUGUUGCAUGAACACAAUAAUUACGUGAGAAGUUUUAAGUUGGCCAUGGAGAAAAUGACUCCUGAAUUAAAAGUUAUAAUUCAGGCAGAUAAAACACCUGUCGGUCAGCAUGAAAGACGAUUUAAUGCUCCAAAUACAUCGGAGGUGGCAGUUAUUCUUGCAGGUGAUGUAUACAGCAGCAGAGAUAUAGUAUUGGAAUUAAAAAGUAAUGAAAUUAAAAAAAUUGCAGAAACACACCGAGCAUAUGAUGCAUUGCAGUAUCCUUUGAUGUUCUGGCAAGGUGAAGACGGCUACCAUUUUGAACUAAGGCAAGAACUUUUUAAUCAAUUUAUUGUGGACAUGUUCGCAAAAAUUGAAUCUGAGCGACUGAGGUUUGUACGCUUGAACCAGAAGAAACUACGUGUUGAAGAGUAUGUUCAUCUCAAGGAUGCCCUAAACAGAGACGGGAGUGUUCAUGAUAUAGGUAAAAUGGUAAUUUUACCUUCUACAUUUACUGGUGGUCCACGCUACAUGCAUGAGCGAACUCAAGAUGCGAUGACAUAUGUUAGAAAUUACGGGAAGCCUGAUUUGUUUAUUACAUUCACCUGUAAUCCUCAGUGGCAGGAGGUUACCAAUGAAUUAAUGCCUAGGCAGAGAAGUCACGAUCGACAUGAUUUGCUAGCAAGAGUUUUUCAUCUUAAACUAAGAGCUCUUAUGAUUCUCAUCAACAAAGGAAAAGUAUUUGGCUCUGUUCAAUGUUUUAUGUACACAAUAGAGUGGCAAAAACGUGGUCUCCCACAUGCUCAUAUCUUAAUUUGGCUGCAUGAAAAAAUCCAUGUUCAUAGCAUAGAUAAUGUAAUAAGUGCAGAAAUACCAGAUCCAAAAAUUGAUCCAGUUUUGCAUGAUGUUAUUAAGACGCAAAUGAUACAUGGCCCUUGUGGGAUCCUGAAUCAACAGUCUCCUUGCAUGAAAGAUGGAAAAUGUACGAAGAGGUAUCCUCGAAAUUUUUUGAAAGAAACACAAACAGGGGAAGAUGGAUAUCCCCUGUAUCGUCGACAGAGUCCAGAGGAUGGUGGUUAUACGACAGUUAAAAAAGUACGGAGUUCUGAUAUUGUUAUUGAUAAUAGAUGGGUAGUUCCUUUUUGUCCAUUGUUGUCAAAAACUUUUAAUGCCCAUAUUAAUGUGGAAUUUUGUAAUUCGAUAAAAUCUAUAAAAUAUGUUUGCAAAUACGUAAACAAAGGAUCUGAUAUGGCUGUAUUUAACAUUGCCAACGACGAAAGUGUGCAUGAUGAAGUACAGCAUUAUGAAAUAGGACGAUACAUCAGUAGCAAUGAGGCAGUGUGGCGUAUUUUGGGUUUCCCUAUACAUGAAAGGCAUCCAACAGUUGUUCAUUUAAGUGUACACUUAGAGAAUGGCCAGCGAGUUUAUUUCACAUCAGAAAACGCACGGGAAAGAGCUCAAGCUCCACCAGUCACAACACUUACUUCUUUCUUUAGCUUAUGUCAGAACGAUGAUUUUGCUCACACUUUGUUGUAUAAUCAAUUGCCGAAGUACUAUACAUGGUCUGCAAGCAGCAAAAAGUGGGUUCGGUGGAAAUCUGGUCAGAUAGUAUCUGCAAACAAAGGAAUUAAAUCAAGUGAUGCACCUGGUCGCGUCUACACUAUUCAUCCUAACAAUUCAGAAUGUUUUCAUCUUCGACUGCUGCUUCAUGAGGUGCACGGACCUACAUCUUUCAAUGACUUAAAGACUUUUGGAGAAAUAAAAUGCGAAACAUUUAAGCAGGCUUGCCUGGUAAGAGAACUUCUUGAAAAUGACUCGCACUGGAAAAGCACGUUAGAAGAAGCUGUUGUUGUUCGAUCACCUGAAAUGCUGCGUAAUUUAUUUGCAAUUAUGUUGCAAACAUGUUCUAUUGCUAACCUUCUGGAAUUGUGGAAUUUACAAAGAGAAAAUAUGCUUGAAGAUGUUUUGCACCAGGCCAGGAUUAGAAGUACUGACAUGGAUUCAAAUUAUGAUGAUGCCAUCUUCAAUCAGGCAUUAAUUCUUCUUGAAAACAAGGUCAAAGAAUUGGGUGGUUCUGGUUUAAAAACUUAUGGACUUCCUUUGCUACAACAAACAGAUACCAUUGACUUAAACAGAGAAAUUUUGAGGGCAACAAAUUACAAUACAGAUGAAAUGACAUCAUACAUUGAUUCGAAUGAGCCAAAUCUGGUUCAAGACCAGAAGGAAGCUUUGGAGAAAAUCUUAUUUGCUGUGUUUAAUGACGUCGGUGGAAUAUUUUUUGUGGAUGCACCUGGUGGAACAGGAAAAACUUAUCUCAUAAAUCUGAUUUUAGCAAAAGUGAGACAAAGAAAUAAGAUUGCACUUGCUGUUGCAUCCUCUGGUAUUGCUGCAACUCUUUUGUCUGGUGGACGAACAGCUCAUUCAGUGUUCAAAUUACCUUUAAAUUUAUCAAUCAUCGAGCAUCCUACCUGCAAUAUUUCCAGAAGCUCAGACAAAGCUGAUGUUCUUAGAAGAUGUAAACUAAAAGUUUGGGAUGAGUGCACUAUGUCACAUAAAGCUGCUUUAGAAGCCCUGGAUAACACUAUGCAAGACCUUUUAAAAAACAACAAGUGUAUGGGGGUGCAACUUUAG